GAAGACUCGAGUGUAUUCCCAAGAUGUGUGCUACAGCUACUAAGGUUCUUAUCGUAUGAUCACGGGCACUGUAGGCUUCAGACUACAUAUGGGUACUAUCAAUGGCAUCGUGCCAGAACGCACAUACACGUGGAGAUCACGGCUUUCCUUGUAGCCACCAUCUGCGAUGCCGUUGUCAAUAUCGACUACAGAAGGGCAAGAUUCAUCUUUGCGAAUAGCCAACCUCAGGCUGCGCUGUGAGGUUGAGGAAGACAUCCUCCCUCAGAGCGAUGUCGUUCAAGAGACGCUGCACGAAAUAGCGGCAAAACGCUGUAUCCUCAACAAUCUCCUUCCGGUAGCCAGACUUCUCCCAGAGCUGCUCACGGCUAUCUUCAUGUACUUUGCUAUGGAUCCGUCGACAUACACUGCGCGCGGUUUCAAGACAGGGCCGUACAGUUGGAUCGUCGUCACACACGUCUGCCAUCGCUGGCGGUCGAUCGCCUUGAACACACCAAAAUUAUGGAGCUAUAUAUAUCCGGGCGCGCUCAACCGUGUGGAAGAAUUUCUUGCACGCUCCGAUCAGGUUGCUUUGCAUAUACGACAUUGGGAUUGGGUGUUGCCAACCACCUAUCAGGCCUCUCUGAAUGCUGUGCUUGUGCAAUUGUCCCGUAUCCAGGAGCUAUGUUUGGUCCGCGUGCCUAAUAAUGUUCUCGAACACGUCUUUGCAGCCGUAGACAUGGAAUGCUUCAAUGCUCCUGCUUUAAAGUUGCUCAAGUUUAUUGGGAUACGCGAUUCAUCUUUUCCCAAUAUCCUGAAUAAGUGCACUCUUCCGGCACUUAAGAGCAUCGAAAUACGAGGAUACAGCAUACCUUGGGAACUACCUAUCCUUCAUUUGGACCUCACCAACCUCGUGCUUCACCCGAGUUUACCUGAUAGUUCUCUAUUGGGGAAGGUUCUGAAUGCUCUCUUCUAUAUGCCAAGCCUUCAAACCUUUGAGCUGAUCAGGGAGCAGUGCGAUGGCUCAUGCAAGAGUCAGUCAUACGGUGUGCUACGAUCAGUGGAGUUACUCCGUUUGCAAAAGCUGCACUUGCGACUCGACGUUAACUCUGUCGACGCUUUUAUGUUGCAUUGCACUGUAUCACCGUCCGCAGUUAUACGACUUAACACUGUGCUGAGCCAUCCCCAUCCCCUGCCUAACAACCCGGACCUGAUACGCUCCAUCAUUGCCAACUCGCUCACGUUAGAUACUGCCAUACCGCUAACAGGUUUGGCAAUACGUCUGAAGUCCACGGAUAGUGACUUCAGACCACCUUGCUCAUAUCAAGUGGUUAUCAGGACCUAUAACGUUGAACCGUCUUCCAUAGACAUCAUGCUUCCCCCACCCAACUUCAGCCUCUUCUUUUCCCUUCGAGAUGUCACUAUGCUGCCAGAAGUAUUGCAACAGAUCCUUCUCGAUCUUCCUCUUAGUGAAGUUCUGUACCUCUCUAUGGAAAGAUCGCCUUCCUUCCGACUUCUGUUACCCUUCUCUCGGGAGCUGGCGAAAUUCCUCGCGAGACUUAUUGCACGAUGCUCUCCAUCUGGUCUUGAGAUACUGAACAUAUCCGGGCUGUGUAUCACCAUCUUGGACUCUCUACUUUCCCUACCUCUGCAUGAUUGGCUGCAGCUUACUACCGGUUGGUGUUGUGCUGAUCGUGUAAAAGGUCUCUUCGGGUGUCUGAAAAUGCUCGUACUCGGGGAGACGAGGCGGGUAGAAAUGUAUCCUUACCUCGAAUCGAAGGAACAGGCUGAAAGCCUUUGCGAGGCCAUCCGAGGGCAGGCAAAUCAUUACAGAUCAACCUGUGGACCAUUUUCUAAACUCGUCUUGCAGUACUACUAUGACCAGCGAGAUGUGCUACUCAAUGUGGUCGACGCCGUAGCCGAACUAUGCUAUCAGGAAGGACGUUUCACAGAGAAUCUCCAAUUCGUUCCCUACACUCCUUUAUCUCCUUGGAGCUUCUAUUACGACGUCUUUCCAAAUGCGACUAACCAUCCCAAUUGCGAUUCGGAUUUCUGUGGUUCGAAUAAUUUGGUGGAUCCCACUGAGGGAGAUUGGGUAGAUCACGCCUGCUCCGGCGCCCGGGUUACUUUUGAUUUUCGAGGAGAUACAGGGAUAACAAUUGAAAACCCGGCAUUUUCGUCGACCAAUGAGGAUUUGUGAGAUAAUCUUGUAAUGCAUCCGCCGUCGUAUGUUAUCUUUCUUUCUAUUGAACUGUCGGCUUAGAAUCUGCAAGUCAUUCAUCACCGUCGUUGUACAAUACACUGAAAAAAAAGCAUUGCUUAUCUGCAACUAUAAUGUUGUGCCUCCGUAUGAAUAUCAAGAAUCCAGAAGGACCCCUGACUGCAUGGGAAGAGCUCUAAGGACUCAUUCCCUGAGUCGACACUGUGUUCGCAAGACCAACCCUCGCAACGACAUUGAGAGCUUGGGUAUACCCACGGAAAAAAAUCGCAUUAUUCGUCGUGGUGUUCCCGGGCCAUUCGGACCCGAGGUGACCAAAGACGAGGUGACUCAGAAGAAGACUCUGCGCGAUCGGGGUCUUCUUUUCAGAUGCUACCAGAGCGUCAUCGCCGAUGGCUUCCAGUUCAUUCAGCACAUGAGGGCGCGGGUAUCAAUGAGUUCAGCUCCAUCAAGAGCUCGACCGUAAGCUUGGAUAGAGGCUCAAGGGUUAAAUGUAAGGGAGGAAUGAGGAAGAGGCGCAAGGGGAAGAAAAAUACGUACUUCCUGCGAGGGGGAAACAAAUUGUUAAUGUAUAUGUUGGUUAAAUCUUGUGUCCGAAGGGUCCAGAAGAUAUUCAACAUUUUAAAUUUUCUCUAUGGUCUGUUUCUACACACUUCACACACCCGGCCUGCGCAAUACCUAUAUACUGCCACCAAUAUUGUUCGAUUCACGGCUAUAAAACUCCUCGGCAUUGGAUCUGGCGUAGUGACAUGCUUCAACUAGAAUGUCGCCAUGAUCUUGAAUCAUAUCAGUGUAUGGAUGCUGCCCUGGGCAAUGUCUUGCCAAUAUAAAGAUGGCGAGAACCCUCCUUGGGCAGCCUCAGGCAUGGACUUGCAGACGGGGACCUAUCGGACUUGUCGCAUAGUGAACGAUUAGAUACCAUCUUUUGGUGUUGGGAAAGGUUAAUCGAUAAUGGUCCGAAACGAGAACUAUCCAUCGUUUUCGUUUAGCGAUCGAAGUUUAGAGUAUUCAAGUCCUCUUUUGGCUUUGUGUCGCUAGCGCC